CAGACAUCCUUCUCGUUGACCACUGUUUGUUCUUCUGGAGGACCACACGCGCUGGCUCCGACAAACCUGAGGUGAUAGAAAAAUAGAAAUUUAAUUGACAUGAUGGAAGUUUCAAGAGGGACAAAACCUCGACGGCGUGUCUGUGAACACUGCAACAAGGAGCUUUGUAUUUCCCAGUAUACGAAGCAUAAACAGAGUUUUAAAGAACAUGGAGCGUGUGACUCCAAACCAAAGAAAGUGGAAACCAAACCGAAAAAGGUUAUGGCGCGAAAGCAUGGGAGCACCAAAGUUCUUUCUGGCAAUACUUCCACAAGUUCUCUUCCGCCGAGUGACAACGGGGGACCUUCAGACGAGCAAAUACUUACUGCAUUCACUGAUCCCAGCAAAGUGCAGGAUGGCGACCCUGCUGCGUUGGGUCUCAACCAGUUGGUUCAGCAGUUUACCCAGUUAACUUCGACUGUUAAUCAACAACUAGCUGCAGUCAACAGCAAGUUGCUUGUUAUGGAGGAACGGAUGGCUGCUUAUGAAGCGAAAGCAAACGACGAUGAUGAGGAAACCUCGAUAUAUCGGGAGCCCAAAGUAUCGAUUGGAUUCAGGGACACCCUCCGCAGAGACUUAGUGGGACAGUUACCGGAUCCUUGGGAGUUCAUGUUCAGAAUGGACAACGUGUACCGUGCCAUGAAGCCCGAAAACAGGCCGUUCGUAUCAACCAUGGGCAAAACGGGCAGCUCGAACCUGACAAUGGUGGAGUGUGAGUUCGGGACAGUUCCCAAGGGCAGCGUCCUGUCCUACCAGCGACCGCUCUUCCCUCCGGGCAAAGUCAACCUGAUAUCCAACGCCCCACCAAUGCCAGCCUUGCCCCUGGAUGGCUACCGGCUGGACCCACCUGGCUGUUCGUUUGUGCCCACUGCCCGGGAGCAGUUUCACCUGAAUAGCAUAGCUAUAUCUCUGUACGCAGCGCAGAAGAUCGAGGAGGGCACGCGAGAGAAAGGCUCACGCGUCGAUCAGCACCAGUACGAAAAAUUGCGUUUCAGCAGUGCCAGGUUUGGGAAGGUGUGCGCACAAAAAAGCUUGAUGGAAGGCUACCCUGAGCAGGCGGCCCGAAGCGCUCUGAAAGGCUCACAGACGCCCAACAGGAAGAUGGAGUCUGGGACGGAAGUGGAGUACUGCAGGCUGAUGCACGUCAACUACACGUCCUGCGGCAUCGUCAUCCAUCCAGACGCGCCCUGGCUCUGUGCCACUCCCGAUGGCAUUGUGUACGACCCCUAUGAAGAACCCCAGUUUGGCAUUACUCUGAUGAAAUGCAUGAGCACAAACAGCCACACCGAGUGCAGUUACCUGGAAGUGGACGUUGGGCACAUACAGAUUAAGAAAAACCACCAGUACCACUGGGAGGUUCAGGGGCAGCUGCUGGUGACCGGGAUGCAGUGGUGCGAUUUUGUGGUGCUCGCUAUGGAUGAUUUCAUUGUGGUACGCGUCCGUGCGGAUGCCAAGGUCCACAGAGAAAUUCGUGAGAGGAUGGAUCACUUUUAUUUUGAUAAGUACAUGCCCAAGCUUGUGGCGUUGACAAGCACUUAGAAGAGCCAAGUGUGAAAAGAAAAGGCCCUUUUGUAACUGAUUGUAUCUCCAGUAUUUGGUCCAGUUGAGGGUUGUGAAAUUGCCAGAGAAUUAUCACCAAUUAAUAAAUUAGAAUUCAGCAAAAGUACAGUACACAAAUAUGCCAUAUAUUGGUCUUUGACUCAAAUUGUAAUAGGAUCACACUCACAGUAAGAUAUCAUAGACGCAAAAUGACCUCCAAAAUGCAAAAGGUGCUGAAAUGUUUGAUAUAUGAAAAGGGCCAAUUCAGUAUGUUAUCGGCUCCGAUAUUGUCAGUGAGAAAGGGGAAAGGCCAAGGAUAUGCCACAGGCUAAACAAAUCCAGUUUCAUGGGCAUAUAUUGUAGAUAUGAACCCAAAUGUGUGCCAUUUUUCCUGAAGUUCCAAGGUGUCUGAAUUCACCCAGUUCGGCAAAUUAACUUUGUUACAUGACUUGAGUAUGUUUUUGGAAGUUCUUGGUUGCGUUACUGAAAGAUAAUAUUCCUUUUUAUGUUCCUUAAUUCAGGUAUUUUCUCAAGCUAAAAGCAGGUUUUUACACAGCAGGUUAAUAUCAACUGUGGAUUUACAUUUGAGAAGUUAUUUUCCAAGUUCACGAUAAAUGUAAUUAAGCAGAAGUGCUUUGUCCUUUUUAUUUUCAUUAAUAGGGUUUUGAUAAUCACCACAGGUCCUCUGUUUGUAAUUUCUUGAAAGUGUGUGAAAUUGACAGUUUUCCACUUGCGUGCAGCAAAAUAAAACUUGUGAAGUUACCUGCCAUUACUUUCUUUUGUUCAUGACUUAAUAAAUGAAUAUGUAACAAA